AUGCCAGAACUGCAAGAGCUGGAAAUCAAUGGAAUAUGUAACCACAUCCCUAUCACGGAUCUUGUGGGCCCAAAUCUACGCCGGCUCCGGCUGCAUCGCGAGAAUCCCAGGUUUUCGGUCUACGGCAAAGAGAGCCAGCGCAGCCACACUGACAUCCUCGCGACGGCGAAUCUCGCACCAAAUCUUGAGUGGUUGGAGUUGGAUAUAGGCAACAUCGAGAAUUUGUGGCAUCCCACCGCUAUCCCUGGCGUGGAUGUGGACGUCGAACAAUAUGCGUUUCUGAAAGCUCUCACUAAGUUUGGGCAUUUGCGAUUCCUCCGCCUAUUCCCUCCAUUCGCACCCAUGACCUCUCAGCCUGCGGACCACUGGGUGCCACAUGUUGUACCGGUCACGGAUGACCAGGCUGUCCGCAUCUUCGAGCAACUGCACCGAGAGCGCCCCUCCUUACAAAUACUGUCCAUCGCUGCAGCUCCAUCCUUCAGUGACGUUGACACGAUGCAUUGGGAAGUCACGCAACAAGGAGAUCAAACUGUCCUGACGACCGGCCACAGGAACCGACAUUAUAACCACUGUCAAACCUGGAUUGGCCAGCGGAGGGUACGAAGCGAAAUCAAACGCUUCAGCACGCCGCAGACAUACCUGCCCGACUCUGGUGGCUGGAUGCUCGAGCGAAAUGAUUUUCGUGUAAACCGUCCGUUUCCCUUUGCUGAUGAGGUCUACAGAUGA